AUGGAACUAGUUAUCACGCAAAACGCCCGAAACGCUUUCGGUGGUACGCCGACAAAUGAGGAACUAUCGAAGUUUCCCGUUGUCUUCAUGCUCAUUGAAACACUGACAACUCCGGGUGAUAAAGCCUCGCUAAAGCGUCUAACGAGGGAUAUCUCGUAUGCCGAGACAUCGUCGGCGAGAGCGGUUAGACUCUGUUCCGAAGACACCGCAAAGACUCUCUCAAGGCCACAAAAUUGGGAGGUAGCAUUCAAAAAUGCGGUAGACGUAGUGGUGGUUAGCAGGAACACCAGCGCGACGAAUCUUAAUGCAUGUUUGACGCAUUUCAAGAGCGUAACAUUAGGCCAAGCAUGGUGGGAGUCGAAGUGGGCGAUGUCAAUUUCUUUAUGUAUGCCGCCGACAGAGGAUGAAUCGUACACGAAAACAUUCGAUGAGCAGUCAGGCUACGUUUCCGCAUCUGUUCAAAUUUAUCACCCUCUGACCGAACAACAAGCGCAAGGGGGAUCUGCUGUGCGCGACUUGGGUUUUGAUGAGCCUAUAGAUGUUGACGAUGUGAGAGGAGAGCCUGCAGCUGGGGGAGCCGGGCCAGAAGGAAGUGUAGAAGGACAGGCUGGAGAGACACGCGGAAUAGCAGUGGGCCGCAGAAGAGGAGGGACCACAGAACCUCCAGAAGACAUCGGCGAAGAGGAUAAAGAAGCGCCCAUUGCUGCAUCUGUAGAAUUUUCGACGUUCUCUUAUGAGGAGAAAAACCAGAUGAUGGAGAUGCUACGAUUUUUUUAUCGGCAAGCGUUCAGCUCUGAGAGACAGCAGCAUAGGAAGGCUCGUGAAAAUGCCAAGCAAGCGAUGGUGGUUUACGAAAGCACAAGAAGAAAGAAUUUUAUUCAAAACGAUCUGGACCUACUGCUGACCUCAGCGAACUUCCGUACAUCCAAAGAACAAGAUAACGUGAGGAAGCUAACAAACGAAAAAUUUCAAUACUUCAGACCUAUUUUCACUGGUGAAUGGAUUCAUGGCAAGUGGAUGGUGAAAAUCCGAUGCGAACGUCGUUAUGAAGCGCUUAGAGGAAGAGAGCAGCCUGAAUCUUCAAUGUCUGCAAUAUCGCAGCGAGAGGUACACCAACAAGCUGUGGCAGCUUGCGAUGCAAAGAAUAAUGACCGAGUUAACAGGUAUCUGGACGCCGUCGAUAGAGCUCCCAAUGAUCCUAACACUGCAAUCGGCUGCCUGUUUUUCUUAGCGUACACUGCUGCCAAAAUGUAUUUGCCGCCGUAUCAGUUUCCAACGUUGUGCCAAGCUGUCUCGAAGAUGGGUGUAGCAAUCGGUAAAAAGCACCGCACAAGGGAUGGAUUCGUAAAGAUGACCAUGGUUGAUCAGCAAGCUGAUGAAGAAGAAGAAGCUUGUACAGUAUCUGUAACAGAAUCAGUCUCCGUUUUCUUUGCGGAUUUUUUGGAAGCACUUGAGAUCACUGGAGCGGAAACAGGAAGAAAUAUUUUUGAAGCUAUUUACGCUCACUUGGUGGAUGUAAACCUGGUGAACGAAUACACGUGGAACUUGGUAGCGGUGGCCACAGACGGAGCGUCGAACAUGAUAGACGAAAGAGGUCUAGAAGGCUUACUCAAUGCGAAUGUUUCGCAAUCUCGAAGAGAUACCCUUUUGGAGAGAGAUGCAACACCAAAUGAGCUGAAUGCUGUCCCAACUAAGCCCGUCAUCUGGAUACAUUGUGUGGCUCACAAAAUCGAACUAGUUCUAUCAGAUGCUUUCGCUCAUACAGAGGAAGAUUUCAGCGCUUGGAGAAUGUUUGUAACUAGGUACCUCAAUAGAUUGCGCGUCUUCUUCGCCGCACCCAGACGUCAGAGAGUUCUUUCCGAGACAGGCCGCACAAUAGCAGCCGGUUUCCUGAAACUCAAAAGAGUUAUCCAAAUACGAUGGACAUCUUCAGAGCACGGAGCGUUCUUCAUCUACCGUUUAAGCCCACUGAAAAUGUCAACUAAUGGGUGCUCUAUUUCAGAGGCGAUACUAAGUUUUCUGAGGAUGUACAAGCAUGUUUGGGUUGCGCUAGAGGGGAUAUCUCAAGCUCGAGAUUCAUUUGACAUUCAUGAGCGACGAAAAGCGAUUGCAUUUCUCUCCGUCCUGAUGUCACUGAAGUUCUACAGAUAUUUGAGUGAGUCUACGACGAUAUGGAAAGCUCAAAGUGAUGUAGACGAAGUAGUUUCUCAGCUGUUUGAGAUGGCGGAAACACCUCAUAAGGACAAAAGGACAGCAGGAUUCUUGUCAUCUAUCCUCUGCAAGCGUGCUAUUGAUUUUGGUGAGGUAUGGCGUAUGGAUGAUAAUACUUCUCCAUCGUGCAAUAGAUGGUUUUGGGUAGGAUGGGAAUAUGGAGGGGAACUAGCGGAACACAUACAUUACAAGAUACGAGACGAAGCCCACACACUGGAAUUCACUCACAAAGUUCCACAAGGUGUACACAUGCGUCGACCGCUCAGAGAAUUACGUGGAGGAGCUGUCUCAAAAGCUGCUCUGCUUCCUGCAGCCGUAAGACUUGACAUUGACAAGGCAAAAGUUCGGAUGAAAUACUUUCUUCCGGUACUCCGUACUUACAUGACUGACACUGCAGAAGUUGAGAGAGGCUGUUCUAUAUACUCAGUAAUACGUGAGCCACAACGAAAUGUCACCGCUGUUCCGCACUUGAGCAACUAUCUGAGAAUCGCCAUCAAUGAUCCCGAUAACUUGUCUCCCUACGAGUUUCUGAAUUUUCCAAUGGAGUGGGUCGCUGAGGGACAUCAAUUAUCCGACCAACCCGGCGCUACAAGCACCUGGAAAGAAUUCUCUGGAACGCAUUCGAGAGGAGGAGAAGUACCAGUCUAUUUCCAAUCCAGACCAGUUUCAUGCUCAGCUCUAUUUUUCCCUUUCUGA